AUCCCGGAAGCGCGUCGGGGGCCGGCCGGAAGCGGAGGCCGGGAGGAGAAUGGCGGAGGGGGAGGUGUCCGAGGGCUGCCGCCUGCCCGUGCUGCGCCGUAACCAGGACAACGAGGAUGAGUGGCCGCUGGCCGAGAUCCUGAGCGUGAAGGACAUCAGCGGGAGGAAACUGUUCUACGUGCACUACAUCGACUUCAACAAGCGCCUGGACGAGUGGGUGACCCACGACCGGCUGGACCUGAAGCGGGUGCAGGUGCCACGCAAGGAGGCCAAAACCCCCACCAAGAACGGCCUGCCCGGGUCACGGCCGGGGUCCCCCGACAGGGACACGAGGAAGAGCCUGGAGCUGGCGCUGCCGGUGGCCAGCGGGAAGAGUUUGCCAGGGCCACCACCGGGGCCACCACCGGGGCCACCACCGGGGCCACCCCUGGGGCCACCAGGGCCACCGGCAGGGCCACCAGCAGGGCCACCAGCAGGGCCACCAGCAGGGCCACCACCCAUCACGCUCCGCCUGCACCUGCCCAAGGAGAGCGAGGCCGAGCCCCCCCUGCGCCCCACGGUAACGCCCGGGGGCCCCAAUGGCCCCAAUGUCCCCACGUGGCCCCAAUGGCCCCAGUGUCCCUUGAUGUCCCCAGGGCCCCAAAUGUCCCCAAAUAUCCCCAGGGAGAAGGAGUCGACCGAGGAUUACAACGUGGCGUGCAUCCUGACCCUGCCCCCGUACCAGCGCCGCGGCUACGGCAAGCUGCUCAUCGAGUUCAGUUACGAGCUGUCCAAGGUGGAGGGCAAGACGGGCACGCCCGAGAAGCCGCUCUCGGACCUGGGGCUGCUCUCGUACCGCAGUUAUUGGUCCCAGACCAUCCUCGAGAUCCUCAUGGGGCUCAAGGCCGAGGCGGGCGAGCGGCCCCAGAUCACCAUCAAUGAGAUCAGCGAGAUCACGAGCAUCAAGAAGGAGGACGUGAUCUCCACGCUGCAGUACCUGAACCUCAUCAACUACUACAAGGGCCAGUACAUCCUGACGCUGUCCGAGGACAUCGUCGAGGGCCACGAGCGCGCCAUGCUCAAGCGUUUGCUGCGCAUCGACGCCAAGUGCCUGCACUUCACCCCCAAGGACUGGAGCAAGCGCGGCAAAUGGUGAGGCCACGCCCACCCGGGACACGCCCCGGUCCGCCACGCCCACCUGGGACACGCCCUGUCAGGCCACACCCAACAGGGAACUGCCCAUGCAGGCCACACCCACCUGGGACACACCCCGUGAGGACACACCCAGGCUGUGCCCUGCCAGGCUUGGCCACGCCCCCUGGGCCACACCCUUCCAGGCCACGCCCCCUUUGUUACCUGCUGCCGCUCAUUAAACAGCACCUGGCCCCGCCCACAGCUGGCGCUGCAAAUCCUUUAUUGACCAUAAAAGGGGGCUGGGCUUAAUCAGGACACGCCCACUGCAGGAGUGGUGGUGUGGGUGUGGCUUUGGAACGCUCCUCCCAUUUGUGGGCAUGGCAUCGCUUGUGGGUGUGGCUUUUGGAGGCUCCACCCAUUGCAGGAGUGGCAUCAUUUGUGGGCGGAGCCUCCUAUGAACAUAUUUGUUAUUUUAAAUAAAGUAGGUGGGGCCUCCACAGGCUCCACCCACACUGGGA